GCCAUUUUGCAUAAAUCUCGCAGGCCACACGUAGGCGAGCCGAAGAUUUUUAACAAUUUUCAGCAGCUCAGGUCUCAGAACCGUCCAGACCUGUUAACAAAAUCAACUUCAAGUGCCGCCGCAAGUAAUUUAAGCAGUUGAAGAUGGCUCGGUACACCCAACGACCAGAAAAUGCCCUGAAAAGGGCCAAUGAGUUCAUCGAGGUGGGCAAGCCGCUAAGGGCGCUGGACACCCUGCAGGAAGUUUUCCGGAACAAGCGAUGGAACUACGCCUACUCGGAGACGGUCAUCGAGCCGCUCAUGUUCAAGUACCUGUACCUGUGCGUGGAGCUCAAGAAGUCCCAUAUCGCCAAAGAGGGACUCUUCCAGUACCGGAACAUGUUCCAGCUGGUCAACGUCAACUCGCUAGAAAACGUAAUUCGUGGCUACCUGAAAAUGGCCGAGGAGCACACGGAGGCCGCCCAGGCGCAGUCCUCGGCAGCCGUGGCCGUGCUGGAGCUGGAUGACCUGGACAACAUUGCCACGCCGGAAAGCAUCCUGAUGAGUGCCGUGUGCGGCGAGGACGCACAAGACCGCUCUGACCGCACCAUUCUGUUGCCGUGGGUCAAGUUUCUGUGGGAGUCCUACUGCCAGUGUCUAGAGCUGCUCCGCGUGAAUACCCACUGCGAGGCACUGUACCAUGACAUCGCCCGGAUGGCUUUCCAGUUCUGUCUCAAAUACAAUCGCAAGAGCGAGUUCCGGCGGCUGUGCGACAAGCUGCGCAAGCACCUGGAGGACAUCUGCAAGAGCAGCAACCAGACCACUGGUGUCUCCAUCAACAAGGUGGAGACGCAGCAGCUCUGCCUUGACACCAGGUUAUACCUGCUCGACUCGGCCAUCCAGAUGGAGCUGUGGCAGGAGGCCUACAAGGCAAUCGAGGAUAUCCACGGUCUAAUGGCCCUGUCCAAGAAGACGCCUGUGCCUAAGACGAUGGCCAACUACUACCAGAAACUGGCAAUGGUCUUCAGCAAGGCGGGCAACCAGCUCUUCCACGCUGCAGCUUUGCUAAAGCUCUUCCAGUUGACGCGUGAACUAAAGAAGAACUUGACCAAGGACGACUUGCAGCGCAUGGCUGCCCACGUCCUCUUGGCCACCCUUUCUAUUCCGCUUCCCUCAGCCCAUCCGGAGUUCGAUCGUUUCAUCGAGGCGGAUAAGAGCCCCCUGGAGAAGGCACAGAAGCUGGCCGUGCUCUUGGGUCUGCCGCAACCACCCACCCGUGUGUCGCUUAUUCGCGAAGUGGUGCGCCUAAAUGUUCCCCAACUCGUCUCGGAGGAUUUCCGCAACCUGUACAACUGGCUGGAAGUGGACUUCAAUCCACUGAACCUAUGCAAGCGCAUUCAGUCCAUUGUGGACGUCAUUGAGAGCGGACCCGAGAACACUCUGCUUACUCCGUACAUUCAGUCGUUAAAGGACGUGACCAUUAUGCGUUUGAUUCGUCAGAUCUCGCAGGUCUAUGAGAGCAUCCAGUUUGAGCGCCUGUUGCAGUUGGCCAGCUUCUGUAACAUUUUCGAGUUGGAGAAGCUGUUGGUGGAGUCUGUGCGCCACAACGACAUGCAGAUCCGUAUCGACCACCAGAAGCACAGUAUUUACUUCGGCACCGAUCUGACCGAAAGCCAACGCGAGUACCGACCGGAUGGGCCCGCAUUGCAGUCCAUGCCCUCCGAGCAGAUCCGCUCCCAGUUGGUCAAUAUGUCCACCGUGCUGACGAGGGCCGUUUCCAUUGUCUAUCCGAACAGGGAACGAGACCAACGGGCCAAGCUGCGCACCCAGAUGGUGCACCACUACCACGAGAUCAAGGACCGCGAGCACCAGCGCAUCCUUCAGCGGCAGAAAAUCAUCGAGGACCGAAAGGAGUACAUUGAAAAGCAGAACAAUGCGCGUGAGGAGGAGGAGGCGCGGCGACAGGAGGAAGAAUCACGCAAGGCCAAGCUGGCCGAGCAGAAGCGCCUCGAGCAGGAGCAGGAAGAGCGCGAACGUAAACGUCAUCAGAACGAAAUCCAAGCCAUCCGGGAGAAGAGUCUCAAGGAGAAGGUGCAGCAAAUAUCGCAGACAGCCCAUGGUAAGAAGAUGCUCUCUAAGCUGGACGAGGAAGGCAUCAAAAAGUUGGAUGCCGAGCAGAUUGCUAAGCGUGAGAGCGAGGAACUGCAGCGCGAGGCCAAGGAACUGCAGUCGAAGCUCAAGUCGCAAGAGAAGAAGAUCGACUAUUUCGAGCGUGCCAAGCGUCUGGAGGAGAUUCCACUUUUCGAGAAGUACCUGGCCGAAAAACAGGUCAAGGACAAGGAGUUCUGGGAGGCUACCGAGAAGACGCGCAUCGAAAAUGCAAUCGCCGAACGAAAGGACGCCGUUAGCCAGCAGGAGCGUCUCAAACGCAUGUACCCGGAUCGGGACGAAUUCCUUGAGGCCCUCAAAAAGGAGCGUGCUUCCCUGUACGUCGAAAAGCUCAAGAAGUUCGAAGUUGCCCUGGAAGCUGAGCGCAAAAAACGGUUGGCCGAACGCGUCAUACGUCGUCGCGAGGAGCGCCGCCAGGCAUUCAUUCGUGAAAAGGAAGAGGAGCGACUCCGCAAGGAGGAGGAGAUCCGCUUGGCGCAGGCUGCCGAGGAACGCGCCGCAGCAGAGGCGCGCCGUCUGGAACGUGAGGCAGAGGACGAGAAGCGACGUGCCCAGUACGAAAAGCAACGGGAGGUCGAGCGCAAAAUCAAGGAAGAGCGUGAACGCGAGCGCAACGAGAAGGAGCGCGAAACCUGGAGACCCCGUGGAGGUGACCGCCCCACCGCACCGGCUGGAGGAGCUGGAGAGUGGCGUCGUGGUGCGCCUACAGCUAGCGAUCGCACCGACCGUGGUGGCGAGCGCAUUGAGCGUGGAGGCGACCGCAUUGAGCGCGGAGGGGACCGCAUCGAACGUGGAGGAGAUCGCAUCGAGCGCGGGGACCGCAUCGAGCGUGGAGGAGAACGCAUCGAGCGCGGGGACCGCAUCGAACGUGGAGGAGAACGCAUCGAGCGUAGUGAUCGCAUCGAGCGGGGAGGAGACCGUGACCGCAAGGACGAGGGAGCGGACUCUUCGUGGCGUGUGCGACGAGAGCCAGAUUCCCAGCGUCCAGCUGUGCCCAAGGACGGUGGCGCACCGCAAUCACGGGAUGACAAGUGGCGUCGUGGCGGAGACCGCGAUCGCGAUUUCCGCAAUGACGGACCUCGCCGAGACAGGGACGAUGGACCUCGCCGUGACCGUGAUGAUGGACCACGCCGCGAGCGAGACGAUGAUCGUGGAGGAUUCCGCCGCAAUGACGGACCACGUCGCACCGAAGAGCCCCAGCGCGAAUCUGGCGGGAACUGGCGCGAUGCUCCUCGCCAGGGAGAUCGCGAGAACCGGCGCCCAGCUGGCGAAAGACGCGACCGUGAUGUGCGCGAUGUGCGCGGCGACCAGCGUGGACCAGCUAAAGAAGCUGCCAGUGGCGGCGGCGGUGGUAACUGGCGUACGGCUCCUGCACCUCGCGACGAAAAGCCCGCAACCAAGCGUGAUCAACCCCAGGACAAGGAAAACAAAGCCGGCGAUGAUGGCGAAUGGACCAGUGUUAAGCGCCGUUAAACGACUCUUGAGCUUUGUGGCAUAAACUUUGUUGUCCCGCAUUUUCGUAUAUACGCAACACUAUAAUCUUAAUUAGUUCUCAUUUUAUCCGAUGUGUACUUUAUUGGAGCAGAGCUUAGUGCGCUCGAUAUACUACAUCUAUCCAAUGCUUGUGCCAGAUAGUUAACAUGGAGUUGGUCGUCGGACCGCAACACAUAAAAGUACUUUCGAAUAAAAUAAUCAUGUUCUAAUCUUA